UAUACUAUUCUGAUCGUUGAAGAAUAAUAAUCGUCAUAUAUUCUAUUGUUUUGCCGUGGGAAUGAUCUUCGACAGUUCUUGUUCUCAGUCUGUCACGUUCAUUAUGCUGCUGGUUUUAUACCUGAUAUUAUUGUUGUUUAAACGUAGUCUGUAUUUUUCUAUUUUGGUAUCUUUCAACUUCAAAACAAUAACAAUAAAAGAGCAUCAUGGUCUAAGAAAGAUGAGCUUAUUCCGCUCGAUUCACCGGUUUUUGUCAAAUGUAAUUAUAUUACAAGGUGAGCAAAUCCAUUCUCGGAUUACCCAACAGGGAACAGGAACAUUUUUUCCAAAUAAGCUCAUCAACAUGUAUGCCGAGUGUGGGAAUUUAAAGGAUGCUCGUGAAGUAUUGGAGGAGAUGAAAGAAAGAGAUGUGUUGUCAUGGAAUGCGAUGAUUGCAGCAUACAGAAGACAUGGGUAUCCUGAGGAGGCACUGAAAAUGUUUCAGCAAAUGCAAGCAACAGGUGUCAAACCCGAUCAAUUCACUUUUUCUAGCAUACUCUCAGCCUGUGCCAAAUUAGGAGUUUUGGAAGAGGGAUUGGACAUCCAUCAAAGCAUAAUUAAAAGCGGAUUUCUGUCCGAUGUUGUAGUUGAAAGUGCUCUAGUAGACAUGUAUGCAAAAUGUGGGAGUAUAAACAAGGCACGUCAACUGUUCAACAAAAUGUCUCAAAGAAAUGUCAUUUCAUGGAAUGCUAUGAUUGCAGGAUAUGCGCAAAAUGGAAUUCUUGAGGAUGCUUUGAAGCUUUUCAAAGAAAUGCCCCAGAAAAAUAUGGUUUCAUGGAAUGUUAUGAUUGCGGGAUAUGUACAAAAUGGUAUUUUUGACGAGGCUCUGAAUCUUUUUAAAGAAAUGCCUCAACCAGAUGUCGUCUCAUGGAAUGUGAUAGUUGCAGGCUAUGUUCAAAACGGAUUUAUUGAAGAUGGCUUGGAGGCAUUUAAGCAAAUGCAAUUUACAGGUUCAAAGCCAAACUCCACAACCUUUGCUAGCAUCCUAUCAGCCUGUGCCAAAAUCAGAGCUUUAGAUUGGGGAAUGAGCAUCCAUCAAAGUAUAAUCGAAAGUGGUUUUUUGUCAGAUGUCGUUGUUGCAAGUGCCUUGGUAGACAUGUAUGCAAAAUGUGGAAGCAUACAUAAGGCAAGUGAACUUUUUGGCAAAAUCCCUAGACUGGAUGUGGUCUCAUGGACUUCAAUGAUUGCAGGAUAUUUGCAAAAUGGGUUUUUAGAAGAAGCCUUGAAAGUUUUUAAGCAAAUGCAACUGGCUAGUGUAAAGCCAAACUGCACAACCUUUUCCAGCAUCGUCCCAGCCUGUGCAAAAAUGGGAGCUUUGGAAGAGGGGAUGGAAAUCCAUCAAAGUAUAAUCAAAAGUGGAUUUUUGUCAGAUGUCGUAAUUGCAAAUACCCUGAUAGACAUGUAUGCAAAAUGUCGAAGCAUUCACAAAUCUCGUCAACUGUUUCACAACAUGCCUCAACAACAUGUGGUUUCAUGGAGUACAAUGAUCGCAGGAUAUGCACAAAACGGGUUUGUUCUAGAAGCUUUAGAAACUUUUAAGCAAAUGCAAUCGGCAGGUGUUAAGGCAAACUCCACAACCUUUACCAGCAUCCUCCCAGUCUGUGCCAAAAUGGGAGCUUUGGAACAGGGUAUGCACAUUCAUCAAAGCAUAAUAGAAAACAAUUUUUUGUCAGAUGUCAUGGUUAUGAAUGCCCUGAUAGACAUGUAUGCAAGAUGUGGAAGCAUAAAGAAAGCAUGUGAACUGUUUGAAAAACUGUCUGAACGAGAUGUGGUAUCAUGGAAUGUAAUGAUAGCAGGAUAUACACAAAAUGGAUUUGUUGCAGAAGCUUUAAAAACUUUUAAGCGAAUGCAAUCAGCAGAUGUUAAACCAAACUCCACAACCUUUGGCAGCAUCCUCCCAGCCUGUGCGAAGAUGAGAUCUUUGGAACAGGGUAUAAAUGUCCAUCGUAACAUAAUUGAAAGUGGAUUCCUAUUGGAUGUUGUAGUUGUGAGUGCUCUGGUAGACAUGUACACAAAAUGUGGGAGUAUAAAAAAGGCAAGUGAACUGUUUGACAAAAUGUCUCAACGAGAUGUGGUCUCAUGGACUGCAAUUAUUUCAGGAUAUGCACAAAAUGGGCUUGUUGAAGAAGCCUUGGAAACUUUUAAGCGAAUGCAAUUGGCAGGCGUAAAACCAAACUGUGCAACUUUUGCAAGCAUCCUACCAGUGUGUUCCAAAAUGGGAGCUUUGGAACAGGGUAUGGACAUCCAUCAAAGUAUUAUUGAAAGUGGAUAUUGCUCAGAUGUUAUAGUUGCAAAUGCCCUGUUAGAUAUGUAUGCAAAAUGUGGAAGCAUACACAAGGCACGUGAAUUGUUUGAUAAAAUGUCUCAGCGAGAUGUGGUCUCGUGGAAUACAAUGACUGCAGGAUAUGCACAAAAUGGCUUUUGCAAGGAUGCUUUCAAAGUCUUUGAACUAAUGAAGCACUCUGGAAUACACCCUGACCAUGGAAGCUUUGCCUGUGUAUUAUUUGCAUGCAGCCAUGCAGGUUUAGUGGAUGAGGGCUGCAAAUGCUUCAAUGGCAUGAUUGACUCUUAUUGCAUUAGUCCUAAAAUUGAUCAUUAUGCAUGCAUGGUUGACCUGCUUGGCCGUGCUGGGUAUCUUGAGGAAACUCUAAACUUUAUUAUCAAAAUGCCAACUAACCCUGUGGCAGAUGUGUGGAUGUGUUUGCUUGGUUCCUGUAGAUCACAUAAGAAUACAAGGUUAGGGGUAUUUACAGCAACUCUCCUUUUUGAGUUGGAUCAGAAAAACACUGCAGCUUAUGAUCUUCUGUCAAACAUCUAUGCAGACGUGGGCAGAUGGGACAAGGUUCAGAAGGUGAGGAGAUCUAUGAAAGAUAGAGGAAUUCAAAAGAUUCCUGGAUGUAGUUGGAUUGAAGUACAUAAAAUGGUACACGUUUUUUGUGUUGGAGACAGAUCACACCCACAGACUCUGGAGAUCUAUGCAAAGUUGGAGGAAUUGUCGUGGGAGAUGAAGGCAGCAGGGUUUCUUCCAGAUUCAAAACAUGUACUGAAAGAUGUGGAGGAGGAAGAAAAAGAAUUUUUCCUCUGCCACCAUAGUGAGAGGCUGGCAAUUGCAUUUGGCUUGUUAAAUACACCCCUUGGAACAACUAUUAGAGUCAUUAAAAACCUUCGAGUAUGUGUUGACUGCCACACUGCAACCAAAUUUAUCUCCAAGAUUGUUGCACGACAAAUUAUUGUGAGAGAUGCAAACCGGUUUCAUCAUUUCAAACAAGGACAAUGUUCUUGUGGAGAUUAUUGGUGAUGCCAAGUGAAGCAACAUGCAAACACAACCUUGCAUUGUAAUAGGCACAUUGUGUCAUACCAUAGCAAGAAGAUUGGCAACUGCAUUUGGAUUGUUAAAGGCGUCCCUUGGAACAACUGUUAAAAUCGUCAAGAACCUUCGAGUAUGUGUCAACUACCAAACUGCAACCAACUUAUCUCCAAGACUGUUGCACGUCAAAAUAUUGUGAGAGCUGCAAACCAGUUCCAUCAUUUCAAAUGAGAACAAUAUCCUUGUAGAGAUUAUUGGUGAUGCCAAGUGAAGCAACAUGCAAAUACAAUCUUGCACUGAAAAAGAUGCAUCACAUCAUACCUGCAGUGAUAAGAACGGGAUGAAUUUACUUUCACUUUCUGAAAAGGUUUUUAAUUUUUUAAUACAGUAUUUCUAAAUCUUACCAGAUUAUAUAUG